CAGGCGCAGUCCGUCUUGUAGAACAGUUGAGAAUUACCGGCCAUCGGGUUUGACCAGGGGAAGCCUUCAGGUUUCUUCUGAUUUCAUUAAAGGAUACCCGAUUAUUAUUUCAGACGCCGCCGAGGAGGAUAUACAGCAACAACAAUGGUGGUGGUAACAGCCGGGACCGCGGGGCCCCAUAAAGUGCUCUUGAUAUCCGGGAAACAGACGGGCUACAACCGGCCCAUCUCCGUCGUCUUACCCUCGUCCAGCCCGGCGUCGUCGGACUCGGAGUCCAACUGCUCCGCCGGGCCGCCCAUACGGAAGAGACAGAGGCUCACACACCUGAGUCCGGAGGAGAAGGCUCUUCGCAGGAAACUCAAGAACAGAGUCGCAGCUCAGACAGCCAGAGACAGGAAAAAGGCCAAAAUGGGUGAGCUGGAACAGCAAGUCCUGGAGAUGGAGCUGGAGAACCAAAAACUUCACAUUGAAAACAGGCUACUUCGGGAAAAAUCGAGUGGCCUACUGACAGAAAACGAGGAACUGAGACAGAGACUUGGGUUGGACACCCUCGACUCAAAAGAGACGGUUCAGGUUUUGUUGUCCACCGGGAACGACGCAGGUUUAGGGAUCGGGUCUUCUGAGUCCGCAGCACUCAGGCUACGUGUGUCCGCAGCAGGUGCAGGCCCAGCAGUCCCCAAAUCUGAAGACUUCUCAAUGGAUACAGAUGGUCCUGACACUACAGACAAUGAGUCUGAUUUGCUCAUGGGCAUUCUGGACAUCCUUGACCCAGAGCUGUUCCUCAAGUCCUGUGAACAGGAGUGCCCGGAGCCGCAGGUGCUGCUGGUCGGAGGGGGGGACACAGUACCUGCCACCGCACCUGCACCUCUGGGGGCCCCAUCAGUUAAGCUGGAGGCCCUUAAUGAACUGAUCCACUUUGACCACAUCUACACGAAGCCCGUGGAGGAGGUGGGCGCUGGCGGGCAGCGCGAUGACACGGAGAGCGACACGGAGGAGGAGAGCGACGAGGUCACCGACUUCCCCGUCACAGACGACGACGACGUGGUGGUCGAGGAGGAGACCGUCUGCGUGAAAGACGAGCCGGAGGAGGUGGUCAUCCCCGGCUGUGACGCUCACAGUCCGCUGGAUGACUUUUUCGCCGACAUCUCCCCCGCGGCCCUCGGCGGCCUGGAUAAGGAAGCCUGUCUUGCGGACACAUACAGCGACUCUGGAUACGAAGGGUCCCUGUCCCCUUUCAGCGACAUGUCCUCGCCCCUCUGCUCAGAAAGCACCUGGGACGACAUGUUCGCUAAUGAACUCUUCCCCCAGCUUAUCUGAAUCAACCAUCCAGCCCAAUAAGUUAAAAUAUAUAUAAAUGCACAUAUAUAAGAGCUCAUGUGUAGUGUUCAAUAACUACAGAUAAGCACACGAUGCUUCAUGGCAACAUAGGACACCACCGACUCUGCUCGUGUGUGUGUGUGUAUAGGCUAAAAGUUAAGCACAUAAUCUAUUACAGCAGGUCUGUAUCAUUGGCGAUCCUGCAUUGAUUUGUGGGAGAUGGAGUUCAUGACAGCUUAUUUUGGCACCAAUUAAUUACUGCAGAGGAUUUAAGAUUGCUAACAAAUCUUUCACCCGCUGUUCCAAGAAGACACGUGGGUGGAACCCAGUAUUUCUGUAAAUGAAUAGGGGGGGGGGCCCCUGACCAUUUAAAUAUAACCUUUUUAUUUAUUUGUGUGUUCUGCUUCAGAGUCACUGUAUGUCCACAUGUAAAGACGCUUUCUUCUAAUUUGUUGACGCUCUCCUUGUAGUCUUAAUUACUGCAUUAAAAAACUUUUUGCAUUGCA